AACGUUAGGAUCUAAUACUAUAACCGGAAGACCUAAUACAAAUUUACCAGCUUUUACACGGCAAGAAACAGUUCAUUUUUAUACAGAUCUAUUGAACUAGCAACAAGAAGUUCUAGAACCAAGAGAAACAGCUGAGACAUGAACGUGGGAAGCAAAGUCGAGGGCGUACCAAAGGCCAAAAAUGAAAUCGCCAAUGCAAUUAAAACUGCUGGUAAACCGGAGAACCUGACCCAGAGGGAUCUGGGGGAAAAAGUUAUUCCAGACACGAGAUCGUCCUACAUUUUGGGGAAGUUGAAGGAAAAAGAUUCACCAUCACCAUCACCAGUAGACGGCGGCAAACAGGAAAAUGAUGAAAACAGCAACAACAGCAGCAGCAACAUCAACUGCAACAACAGCAGCAUGGACAACUCCAAACACGAUCUCAUCCACACCCCACAGGACAAGAUGGCCGUACUCGACGCUCAGAAAACGAAAGCGGAAAUGCCCGCGUCGGCGUCUACUUCCGGGUCAACCUUGACCCCGGAUACCACCUGUUCGGGAGAGAUCGCCUUCAUCGACCCCCGCCAGAACCAGGUGUUUCAGGUCCUGACUGGCAUCCAGCAGCUGAGGAAAGGUGGGCAGUUUGCUGACCUGACCGUCAAAGUCAGGGAUGUUGAGUUCAGAUGUCACCGAUUUGUUCUGGCCACCAACUCGCCCUUUCUGCGCUCGUUGAUUGAAGACUACACACAGACCAAGCUGGAGGAGGGGGACUCAAAGCACAUCGGCUCCACGGGUGACGGCAGUCUCAGAGACGACGGGGACAGCAUCAACAACACAAAGAACAGCAUCGUCACAACCAUCUUCAGCAACAACUCUCUCGGUGGAAGUCCUAGCACCCCAGAACCCAGGAAACGUUCUACCGGGACUGGAAACAAGGACGUGGUCGUGUUGAAAGGCAUUCAGCCUGAGAUAUUUGAUAAGGUAUUAGACUUCAUGUACUGCGUGUUCGAUGACGUCAUCACCAAGGAAAAUGCCCUGGAGCUUCUGCUGGCAGCCGACACGUUCCAGCUGACCUAUCUGAGGAGAACUUGUGCCAGCUUCGUCACAGACACCCUCUCGGCCAGUAACGUCUUUGACGUCAUCACCCUGUGUGACGCAGGCUAUGCUAAUUUGUUUGAGCCAAAGGUCAUGAGGCGGAGCCACCAGGUGAUCCGGGAAAACUUCUCCCAGUUGAGCACGACAGACGAGUUUCUGGCACUGAGCCGACACCACAUGAUUCCACUGAUUGCUGACAGCAUGCUGCACGCCCAGGAAGAGAUGGAUGUCAUACAGGCCCUACUCAGAUGGGUCAAGUUCCGUCCCGAGGAAAGAUGCGCAGACUUGACGCUCAUGUUGCAGCACAUCCGGUUCCCGCUUAUGACCUCUAGAGAACUGGACAAAUUGCGGGAAAUCCCCAUGCUCCGUGAGAACUCUCUAGCAAUGGCGCUGGUGGAUGAAUCGAGAGCCUAUGAAACCAUCGACUACACCGACCGUCUGGCAUGGCCUCGUCACAACUGCAUCUCGCGCUGCCUGUUCCCAUCACGUGACUUCAUCAUGUGGACGGCUGACCGCGACAAGGGCCUGCACUUCUACUCCAUCAUCGACGGCAUCCACCACAAGGUGACCAGCUUUGGCGAGCUCAGCAUGCCCAACGGUUUUGCCUUUGACAGCACCUCCUCUGUGUGCACUUAUGCAGAUAGAAUCUAUUUCACUGGGGGAGAGUUCAACACUGACCUAACUUGGAGUGUGGACAGCAGCACUGGCGAGGUGAAAAUUCAUGCUAAAAUGCCAAGAGGUCGCAAGUUCCAUAGCAUGGUGGCAGCUAAAGGGUGUAUCUACUGUCUGGGGGGACAAGACAAGAGGGGGUACUCAGUGCUGGAGUGUGUGGACGCCUACAUCAUCGACAAGGACGUGUGGGUCAAGGUCGGGCAUUUGUCCGUCCCGGCUUACAACAUGGCGGCCGUCAUCAGUGGUGGCGCCAUCUACCUCGUGGGAGGGGUGGAUCACUCUGGGCAACCACUUCGGAUUAUCCAGUGUUUUGUGGCCCUACGAUCUGGUCUGUAUUCGGCCUUUAAAGUGGACAUUCCGAACAUGCCGCCAAGCUUGCUGAGUGCCAGAGCCAUAACUUCCGGUUUGGACGGCAUGGUUUACAUUGUCUGUGGACACGGGGAGGUCUAUCGCUUUGACCCAGAGAAACGUGAACUCAACCACCUGACAACCCUGAACAACCUCAGCGAGAACCCCAGAGUCCGCUUCGGGUUGGCCCACAUGGGCGGGUGCCUGGUUGUGAUUGGUGGACACCAGCUGGGUCACUCCGUCCGCGAGCCAAUCAGAUCCGUGUGCUUGGACAUCGCAACCAAGAUGGAGGUCAGGGACUACUCACCCAUGCUACCGGGUGAGAUCGUCAACACGUGCCUAGCCGCCAAGCUCAACGCCAACAUCUUGAAGCUGUUGGGAGAGUCUUAAGUGCAAAUUUUGCGCUUAGUGUCAAUCUGUCGUUGAACUGACAAUUUUAGGCAUUUUAAAAUAGCUCUCAUUACUUCCUAGUCUUUAAGUAAAUUAGUAAAUUUAAGAUCACUAAGAUAAUAUACAUAUUAUACAAUUAGUUUAUAACUCAGUAACAACAUAAAAUUAUAUAUAUAUAUAUAUAUAUAUAUAUAUAUAUAUAUAUAUAUAUAUAUAUAUAUAUAUAUAUAUACUCAUUUAGCUAAAUAUAAGCUGAACGCGAUAUUGAUGAAAAGUACAAGAAACACAUAUAGAACAUUAGCGCGAAUACUCGACACACGCAUUAAUGGAAAAAAAAUAUUGAUUCGCCGUAAUAUUAAACUUUUAGGGUAAAAUGAUCCACCAGAUGUAGAGUUAAUUACCCGCAUUAAGGCAAACUUAUUCGGGAAGACAACCCAGCUUUUAUACAUAGCUCAAGGGAAGCUACUGAAAUUGUUUUUUUUAUUGUUUUAUUCAAUUCCUUUUAUUUGUUUCUUAAAAUCUGUAAUAAUUUAUUUAAAAGUUACCAAAAAUAUUGUCGACUGUGUAAAAAAAAAUGACCACGUGGUCUAGUUCCUGUUCCUGUCAUCUUCUUGUGAGAGAAAUCCUUACGCAUCCUUGACCUUGUUGCACACGUUCCUGUCCUAGUUUUUUUUCUAAAUUUUCUGAGUUAUCUUUUAUUACGCCUUGAUAGAAAAGAUUUUUAAAAGUUUUUAUACGUUGUUUCAAUUUGAUAUGUAAUGCAAGUAUUUUUUUGCCUGUUUGUAAGCCAUAUUUGUAACUCAUAUUUGUGGAAUUUUAGCAUUUGUAAUCUGGUCUCCUGAACUGGUUAAAUAAAGUUUGAGACACGUU